UCAGUAAGGCUGUUAUCUCUUUACGAUAUGAACACCGCAGUCUCUGUCGUUCGUCAUCCACAUAGUCUUUCAUUUUGUGGUUUCAGUCAUGGCGUACAAGUGUUUGUUUCUUUUGUUUGAGCCUGUAUUCCUCGUUUCAUUGGAUUUAUUUUUGGGCGUAGCAAGCUUCUGUUUCCAGAUUGCCUUUCUUUCGACCUACCUUUUGGCAACCGACUAUGAUUUAGUGGGAACAGGAAUUUGGGCUGGAAUUGUUUUCAUUGCGACUGCUGCAGUUGCAUGGACAAUGGAUGGUAAAGUCCAUAAAUUAAUUCUAGGCGCUGGACCUUGUCUAUCCUUUAUCUGCGGAAUUAUACUGUUUAGUCUAAACGUCGCCGCACUAAGUGAUCUUAACAAAGUGUGCCCUGUUGUUUUGACGACGGCAAACAUCGAUUAUCACUGCUGGAAAGAAAUCGGAUUCGACGUUGUACUGAUGUUAUGCGGUUUAUUUGCCAUCCCUGUUAAUGCUAUUCUGGUAUUAUUUGUGUUUAAUCUAAUUAAGUCAUAAUAAUAAAAAUUUGAUUACAUGUCAUUCUGUUGGUGUUCAACACGUGUGAACUAUUUCCGUUCUGUAUUUUUUUUAAAUAAUACAUAAUGGAUUUUAAGCUAACAUAAUGAUGCACCAGCAUAACGUACUAGACCAGUCCAUAUGGAAAUAGGGUGGGAAAAUUCAAACGAUCCGAUAACGUGAGCAGCGUGAGCAACCUUAUAUCCGAAAGGCGACAUGUUUUCCCAUUCUAAGAUAACAAAAAGUUGCUAGCUGCAAUGAUUACACUUCCUUGCUCAAGAGAUAAAACUAGGCAAUACGAAAGUGACUCAAGACAAACACAUAACGAAUUUCUACAAGAAAAGCAAUUGAUUUUGGUGCGAUUAGUCAUUAUCAUACGAAGAAGAAGAAAACAUGUGGCGAUGAAAGUGUUACCGUUUCCUGUUAUGGACUAAUUUUUCAGUUUCGCAAUAUUCGUUCGCCAUGGUGAUCCAAAAUUUUUUGCUUAACACAAAAAUUCACGCAAGGUCUGACGUCGGAAUAGGCACCCUAUACUUCAUCUUUCAGAUUGCUGCCUUGGCCUCGAGCCCGCACGAUGUUUAUGAACAAAUCGGAAUUGGUUUUUGGGGUGGAAUAAUCCUGAUCUUAACAGCAUUAGCUGCGUAUAAAUCUUCAACAGGUGAAGCACCAUUUCUUUUAGGGUGCAGUUUCGUGCUGUCCAUCUUUGCCUUCUUUGUCAGCUUUUCCAUCAUGUGCAUCUUCGCUGCUUCAAUUGAUGAAAUGAAACGUUACAGUGGUAAUCCAUGCACGGGUAACUUUAUUGUACCAGUGAACUGCGCAAAUGGCACAUCAUUUCCUAUUCCUCCUUGCUCGUACUACAGUAGUGCUCACUUGGGUUUCGACUCGAUCCUUCUGAUUUGUGGGAUUAUUGGCAUUCCUGUGAAUAUUCUCUUGGUGAUGGGUGUAAUUACAGUUUACAAUCCUGCACCGGCUGCCCCUGCCACAUAAAAACACUGAACGUGCAAAUUUCGAUUCAGUGGUGGUCAUUAUUCCAAAGAGAAAGUGUUGAUCGUGUUUCUUUUUUAAUGUUUUCUUUACUGAAUACAAGGAUCAUAAUAUUACAUUAAAAAAAAACCCAACAUUUUGUUACUACCCUUCACAUAUAACCCGUAAUAGUAUACAGCGGCCGCGACUGCUAAAAUUAAAUCCGUUAGUGGAUGUGAAAUGACCGUUAUUUGCAAAUGUUUACAUGUGUAAUAAAUGAAUACAAAUAGGUCACCAGGGAUGUGGUGUAUCCGGGUGUAUCCCGUGACAAGGUCUAGUCGUGAACCAGCGACUGCAUUAGUAGCAGUCUCUGCCCACCUGCUAAUACAGUUGCAUCUUUUGUUUGUACUUUGUCGUGUGACUUGUCAACGGCAUUGCACUUGCCGCUAAACGUUUUUUCGUUGACAGUAGGCACAUUUCCUUUUAGUCAGUUUGGGGCAGUGCGGAUCGACGGACAUUGGCAUUUACCGUCGUCUUGUCAUUGAGUUGAUAGCUUUUUUUUAAAUCGAAUAACUCAAUUUCCUGCACAUGAAUCUCAAGAAGAAACCAGGAUUAGAUUUGUCCGGCAGUUUUAUUUCCCUUUUGUGGAGAUGGCGCGGCUCUUUGUACAAAUUGUGUUACAAGGAACUCAUCUGCUUUCUUGUUCCCUUUGGCAUUGUUAGCGUAAUUUACCGUCAGGCACUCAACAGUGAACAGAAAAGUCUAUUUGAACAGGUGGUCAGGUAUUGUGACAGAUACCUGAAUAUGAUUCCCCUUUCGUUUAUCCUGGGUUUUUACGUCACCAUCAUAGCGACCCGUUGGUGGCAACAAUGCAUGGCAUUACCAUGGCCAGACAGAUUAAUGUUGACGAUCGCCAUGUACAUUCCGGGCUGUGACAAAGAAUCCAAACUGCUGCGAAAAACCCUCAUGCAGAACUGCAAUCUUAUGGCCGUGCUCGUUUUCCGCUCUAUUUCGGAGUCGGUUAGAACUCGUCUGAAAUCUUUGGAGGAUGUUGUCAAUGCAGGUUUCAUGACCUACGCAGAAAUGGAAACUUUCAAGUCAGUCGAAGCCGAUGUGAAUUUGUAUUGGCUACCAGGACUCUGGUUUUCUCAUAGACUUCGGGAAGCUCAAGCUCGAGGUCGUAUUAUCGAUUCGUACGGAACUCAGCUUAUCAUGAAAGAACUGUUGGAAUUCCGAUCCAAAUGCGGAAUUUUGUGGAGCUACGACUGGGUCUCGAUUCCAUUAGUUUACACUCAGGUGGUCACUUUGUCUACGUACUCAUUCGUCAUAGCCUGUAUUUUUGGCCGCCAGUACACAGACAACGGGAGCACGGAUAUUGCAAUCGACGUUUACUUUCCAUUAUGGACUGUGCUACAAAUUCUUUUCUACAUGGGACUUCUAAAAGUCGCUGAGCAUAUGAUCAAUCCCUACGGUGAAGACGACGAAGACUUUGAUUUAAGUUACCUUCUUAACAGGCAUUCCGAGGUUAUCAAUCUAGGGACGAACAUCUUAACUAGCGACAGGUGCCCACCAAUGGAAGACGAGAAUCUCCGCGGUGCUCCUGGUAUGCAUACUCCCAAAAAUCUAGACAGGACAUCGCUGAAGCACAGAUUCUCGCAAACGUUGACUGGGCUCUAUUCAACAGGUAAGGAGAGAAAGAGAUCGCGAGCGGAAAGCAUCACGACAAUUUCGGAGAACGUGGAAACCAAUACGGUCUCAUCGGUCGACUUGAAGCGACUUCCGGAUGAGAACGAAUGGCCAUGCGAAGGCGUUCACAUGGAAAGAAUUUAGAAGACUCCAUCGACCAAAAAUCAAUCGAAUGCCUAUUAGGAGUUUUCAGGAUCCAGCGCUUCUUGUUUUUAAUAUUUGCAAUUAGACUUGAACUAAUUAGAACUAGUAUUUGAAACUAAGAAUCACCCCAACUAGCCACUUUUCUGAAUAAAACAAAGAAUAACCCCAACUGCCCCUUAAAAAAAAAAAAAAAAAAAAAAAAAACAACUUACAAUUGCAUGUCAAAAGCGCAUUAUCCUUUGAGGGCCACAAUGCUCGGUUCCCUACUAGAUACACUACUCACUAACAAUUUGUUAGUUUGUACAACUAAAUUGUGCCUUUCUGAUCAAUAUAUCAUAACUUUUCUUUUUCA